CGAUAUGCAGUGACCUCCAUUUACUCUCUUUCUCUCUCACACAGACACUUCUUUGGUUGGUUGGUUGGUUGGUUGAUUUUCUCAGAGAGUUUUUAUAAAUUGAGGCUCCGCCAGUGGGUAAGGUUUUUCCCUCUCUUCUCCAUUUUUGUGACCAUUUUCCUGUCUGUCUUGUUUACCGUCCGGCAAUCUUGCCGUGUCCGCCCCAGCCGCUGGAACAUUCUGCUAUCAGUCCUCUCUCUCACUGGUUUACAUCUCCAAGUGACUGUUUCUAGGUGACACGGACAAUACGUGUUUUGGAAGUAGGAUCCUAGUAUGGACAAUCUUAAGGUUAUUAUUGAUGGUAUGAAGGGGGGAAUGGACAUUACAAAAGAGGUUGGACUAAACAAUGUAAAUUCCCAAUGUUCAAUAUCGGAUAUGGAUGAUUACGACCUCUCGAAGCUACUUGACAGGCCCAGAUUGAAUAUCGAAAGGCAGAGAUCGUUUGAUGAGAGAUCUCUUAGUGAGUUGUCAAUUGGGUUGACGAGAGGUUUGGAUAAUUAUGAGAGUGCAUACUCGCCUGGACGGUCAAUAUUAGACACCCCUGCUUCGUCUGCUAGGAAUUCUUUCGAGCCACAUCCCAUUGUUGCAGAUGCUUGGGAAGCCCUCCGACGAUCGUUGGUUCACUUUAGGGGCCAACCAGUUGGCACAAUUGCUGCUUAUGAUCAUGCUUCGGAAGAAGUCUUGAAUUAUGAUCAGGUUUUUGUUCGAGAUUUUGUACCAAGUGCACUUGCCUUUCUAAUGAAUGGUGAGCCAGAAAUAGUUAAAAAUUUCCUUUUGAAGACCCUUCAACUUCAAGGAUGGGAAAAGAGAAUAGAUAGAUUCAAGCUUGGUGAAGGUGCUAUGCCGGCUAGUUUCAAAGUACUUCAUGAUCCAGUUCGCAAGAGUGAUACAAUUAUAGCUGAUUUUGGUGAAAGUGCAAUUGGAAGAGUUGCUCCAGUUGAUUCUGGUUUCUGGUGGAUAAUUCUUCUCCGAGCAUAUACAAAGUCUACGGGAGACUUGUCUCUGUCUGAAACGCCUGAAUGCCAAAAGGGGAUGAGACUUAUUCUGACUUUGUGUCUGUCUGAAGGCUUUGACACUUUUCCAACAUUGCUGUGUGCUGAUGGUUGCUCAAUGAUUGAUCGCAGAAUGGGAAUAUAUGGGUAUCCAAUUGAGAUUCAGGCUCUAUUCUUUAUGGCUUUAAGAUCAGCUCUGGUGAUGUUGAAACACGAUGCAGAAGGGAAAGAGUUCAUCGAGAGGAUUGUGAAGCGUUUGCAUGCAUUAAGUUAUCAUAUGAGGAGCUAUUUUUGGCUAGACUUUCAACAACUAAAUGAUAUAUACCGCUACAAGACUGAAGAAUACUCUCAUACUGCUGUGAACAAGUUUAACGUAAUUCCUGAUUCAAUCCCCGAUUGGGUGUUUGAUUUUAUGCCAAUGCGUGGUGGCUAUUUCAUUGGAAAUGUUAGUCCCGCGAGAAUGGAUUUCAGAUGGUUUGCGUUGGGUAAUUGUGUCGCCAUAUUGUCCUCUCUUGCCACUCCAGAGCAAGCUUCCGCAAUUAUGGAUCUUUUUGAAGAACGGUGGGAGGAGCUCGUAGGCGAAAUGCCUCUGAAAAUAUGUUAUCCAGCAAUCGAAAGCCACGAAUGGCGAAUUGUAACUGGAUGUGAUCCGAAGAACACAAGAUGGAGCUAUCACAAUGGAGGAUCUUGGCCAGUCCUCCUAUGGCUACUAACAGCGGCCUGCAUCAAAACCGGUCGCCCACAGAUUGCAAGACGAGCAAUUGAUCUUGCAGAGAGCAGAUUGCUCAAAGACAGCUGGCCGGAAUACUAUGAUGGGAAGUUAGGAAGAUACAUAGGCAAGCAAGCUAGGAAAUACCAGACAUGGUCGAUUGCUGGAUACCUCGUAGCAAAAAUGAUGCUGGAGGAUCCUUCUCAUUUGGGGAUGAUCUCACACGAAGAGGACAAGCAAAUGAAGCCCGUCAUCAAGAGAUCCUCCUCAUGGACCUGCUGACAAGACAGACAGUCCGUAAGCUAUAGCAAGAAACAAAACCGAAGAAGGGAAAUAAGAAUGACGACGAAAACAACAAGAAGGUGAGACCGCCAUUUUGUUUCGCGAAAACACAGCUAUUUAAUUUGGUGAUUUCUGUUGUUUUCGGAGAUGUUUUGAUGAGUGAGCUCCGGUUUUGUGUAAA